AAAAAACGAAUUUUGAAUUUAUCUGGAUUAUUCUGCUUUUAAAUUUAUAAAAAUACUAUAAAAAUAAUUAUUAUAUCCAAAAUGCCACCAGUUGUCCCAAAUAUCACUCAGCAAAACAUAGGAAGAACAAUAACAAUUGAAGAUAUGAAUCGUCUUGUAAUGAAUUGGCUUUCUCAGCAUGGAUACGCUAGAACAGAGGCUAUACUAAGACUGGAGUCAGCGAGAGGACCAGAGGCAUUAAAUUCAGCUAAGAAUUCACUAGACUGGCUUAAUGGUAAUGAAGACACAUACUUUCAAUCAUAUAUGCUAUUAAGAGAUUGGAUUGAUAGUUCAUUGGAACUAUAUAGGCCUGAACUAAGACGUGUUCUAUUUCCUAUAUUUAUUCAUUCAUAUCUCGAUUUAAUUUCCAAGAACCAGAUAAACUCGGCAAAACAAUUUUUUAACACAUAUUCAUCUGAACAUGAAGUUCUUCAUGGCCAUGACAUCCGUCAAAUAUCUUCUAUUACAUUACCUGAACAUAUUGAAGAAAAUGAACUUGUAAAACUUUAUCGUCAAAACAAAUAUAGAAUAACCAUGUGGAGAACUGCUUUUGAUUUAAUGCUACACUUUCUUUUUGAAAACGAAUCUAAUGGAGGUGCAAUUAUAAUGAGACUGUUAAAUCAACAUAUUGAAACAAAAAUUGUUACAGGAAGACCUGACCAAUUUAUAAAUAGUGUAGUUACCAAUGAUGAAGGAAUUUCAGGAUACGAUGUAUAUCAUUUAGAUAACUUUAAUAAACAACCGGUCAAAUUAGGCGAAAUGCCUUUAGAUACAGAUCUAAAAAACAAUAUAGAAAUAGAACUCGCAAGUCUUGACAAUGAAAUUGAAAAAACUAAUGAAAAAUGCAAUAAGUCUUUUCUUGAAGAAUUUAAAAACAAAAAAGAAAUUUCAGAAGACUCUCCUAUGAAAAAUUCUAUCCCCUUACCUACAUUUAAAGGCAUAGAUGUUGAAAAAGAAAUCGAAGUAAUUAAAGAUUUAAGAAAACGUCUUAUAUUAGGCCCACAAGCAUCAUUACCUAGUGUUUGCAUGUAUACUUUUCAUAAUACUCAUGAUAGUCUUAAUUGUGCAGAUAUUUCCGAGAAUGCAUCAUUAAUAGCAUGUGGGUUUUCUGAAAGCUAUAUCAGAGUUUGGAAUACAUCUAUAAAUAAAACAGUUAGCUCGGAUUCGACAACACCUAACGAUUCAGUAUUAUAUCAAAAAUCUCAUAGUCGACGUUUCAUUGGUCAUUCAGGUCCUGUUUAUGGCAUUGCAUUUAGCAAUGACAAUAGAUUUAUUUUGUCAUGUUCAGAAGAUCGUUCUUGCCGCCUUUGGUCUUUAGAUACAAAUACAUGUCUUGUAGCAUAUAAAGGACACAAUCAGCCAAUAUGGGAUAUUGCAAUAGGUCCAUUUGGACACUAUUUUGCUACCGCAUCUCAUGAUCAAACUGCACGUUUAUGGAGCUAUGAACAUAUGUAUCCUCUUAGGAUUUUUGCAGGACAUCUUAGUGAUGUAGAUUGUGUUUCAUUUCAUCCUAAUUCAGCAUAUAUUGCAACAGGCUCUAGCGAUAAAACCAGUAGAUUGUGGGACGUUCAAAAAGGAAGUGCAGUAAGGGUAUUUACAGGUCAUACUGGACCUAUAAAUUGUGUAACAAUAUCACCAGAUGGAAAAUUACUUGCAACCGCAGGAGAUGAUGGACUUAUAAACAUUUACGAUAUUGGUUUAGGCAAACAAUUGAAGAGUAUGAAAGGACAUACACGAAAAUCUAUUUAUUCUUUGUCAUUUUCAAAAGAAAGUUCAGUACUUGUUAGUGGAGGAUCAGAUUGCACAGUAAGAAUUUGGGAUGUAAAACGCGAUACGUCUAAUAACAAAAAUAUAUCAGAAAUAUCAGAGGGAUAUAAUGUAGAAACGGAAAAUAAUACAUUACCUAAAGCAUCUACGUUGACAACAAAAGAAAAGAAAGAAAACAUUAAAACGCCAGAUCACAUGACUGCCCUAUAUACAUGCAAAACACCUGUUUACAAGGUCCAAUUUACAAGAAGAAACUUAUGUCUAGCACUCUCAGUUAGUGGUGUAACAUAA